AUGACACCUGAUAUCGCAGUAGGAGGGAAUGCAGCUACACCACUUCUCACUACGCAAUGUUUUGGGAAUGUAGCAGUCGAAGCGGACAGUAGGCUCUCCACGCUCCAUUCAAGAUCUCUCUUCACAAUGACUUCUCCAGACUCUCCCCCGCUCGUGUCCCCCUCUCCAUGUCCCCCGCCUCCCCCAUCUCUCCCCUCCUCUCCCAUCCCAUCGUCCCCUGCUCCAUCCUCCUCAUCCCUUCCUCUCCCACCUGCGCUGCCCCCCACUGGUGAAGUCAUGGUGCUGGCUUUAGGACGUAAAAAGCAGCGUGUCCUGAUCGCCCUCUCCAUUCUCCCAAACCUGUUCCUGGCGUUUCUCCUUUCGUCUGACGGGUUGAUCACUCUGUCCCCUCCACACCACUGCCGCCUGCGCGUGGCCUCUUCUUUACCCGAGGUCUUGAAUGCGUCGUUGCCCUGGGUGAAGGGAGACCGACCCGGGGAUAGCGGAGGACCUUCCAAGUGUAAGCAGUUCAGCAACAGCAGCCGCUCUGCCAUCGUGGACUGUGUGGAUGGAUGGGACUACAACGUCACUGAAGGACUCAAGAACAACAUCGUGACUGAGUGGGAUCUGGUGUGUGCGCAGUACUGGCUGGUCCCGCUGGAGGAGGUGUGCUUUAUUCUGGGCGUCCUGACCGGGUGUCUGGGCCUGGGUUACACUGCAGACAGACUGGGCCGCUCCAAGACCCUGCUGGUCUCGCUGACUCUCUCGGUGGUCUUCGGGGUCCUGGUCUGUGUGUCUCCUUCUCCCUCGGUCUUCAUCGUGAUGCGCUUCUGUUUGGCUGCAGCCAGCGCCGGAGUUUACCUCACACUGUACAUUACACGUCUGGAGCUGUGUGAGCCUGCCCUGCGGCUCGUGGUUACCAUGGCGGCAGGCCUGAUGACGGUGUGUGGGGAGCUGCUGCUGCUGGCGCUGGCUCUGGGCUGUCAGUCCUGGAGGGGGCUCCUGGGGGCCGGAGCUGCUCCUCUCACUCUGUUCCUCAGUUAUGGUAUUCCGGGGGUUUUUCCAGAGUCUCCGAGAUGGCUGCUUCUGUCGGAAAGAUCUGCGGACAUGAACUCCUUCAGCGAGAGACGAAACUCAAACCGAGACGACGAGAGCUUCACAGAGCUGGAUUCGGAGCCGCCUCUUUCCUCUCGUCCUCAUCUGUCGUUCCAGGAGCUGGUCCACUGCAGAAACAUCUGGAAGAACCUCUGUGUGCUCGGCUUCACCUCAUUCAUCUCUCACGGCAUCAGUCACUGCUACAGCUCGUUCCGCGCAGACGUCAAAGGCACAGCGCCCAGUUUCUAUUGGACGUACCUGCUGUCUGUCAGUGCGGGGGGCGGGGCUUGGCUGUUGCUGUGGGCGACAGUGGACAGGUGCGGUCGCCGUGGCAUCCUGCUCCUCUUCAUGACGAUGACAGGACUGGCCUCUUUGAUCCUCCUCGGCCUCAUGGAAUAUUUGAGCGAGACGGCCAUCACAGUCUUCUCGGUCCUCGGGCUGUUCUCGUCUCAAGCCACUGCGUCUCUGUGCAUCUUCUUCACUGCAGAAAUCAUGCCCACGAUUAUCAGGGGCAGCGGCGUGGGUGCAGUUCUGGCUCUGGGCUGCGUGGGGCGCCUCAGCUCUCCUCUCAUGGACUUGAGGAACCACUACGGCUACUUCCUGCACCACGUAGUCUACUCCUCGCUGGCUCUGCUUGCCGUGCUCUCCAUCCUGCUUCUGCCCGAGAGCAAGAGGAAGCCCCUGCCCCAAACGCUCGCAGACGGAGAGCAGUACCGGCGCCCGCCACUGGGGAGACGGAGACGGGACAAUGUGCCGCUACUGGCCACGCCCAACCCAGAGACCUAA